AUGGUGGAGAUGAAGAUCCCAUUGUUCAAAAUGAAGGAACCAAUCCUCAAAAAUGAAGAACCCGCACCUCAAAACAACCAGACAUGGAAAGACAAUGCUGAGGCCAAGGAAUGGCUUAUCUCAAAGGCCAAAGAGAAGAUGUGCGUGGUUGCUCAAAGCAAACACGUCGAUUCCAGUAGGAUGGAGAUGGUAUGCGAGAGAGCGGGGAAAAAGGGAGAAAGUCACAAAGGUAAGAAUUACAAAUAUGAGAAGAAGACGACUAGGGUGUACAAAACUGCUUCGAAGAAGUGUGGAUGCCCUUUCAGGAUUUAUUUCAAAAGGCACCAUGAAACUGAUCGUUGGUUUUUGGAUUGUAUUCUGGAUGGUCGUCACAGCCAUCCUCCGCCUAAAAGUUUGUAUGGACAUCCUGCAUAUGCCCGGUUGAAGCUGCAUCAAAUGGAGAAGGUUCGACAAAUGAAGGGAUUUAGGCCUCUUAAGAUCCUAAAUGCAAUAAGGGCGGAAGAUAAGGAUAACCUGUCUACUAUUUCCACAAUCUACGCUUCCAAAGCAACGAUCAAGAGAACCGAAUGGGAUGGUCGGUUAAUUAUGCAACAAUCUGAGUGGUUAGCAGAAAAACUUAACUACGCCAUGCAAACAAGAACUGGUCCGGGAGACACAGUUACUCAUAUUUUUCUUGCGCACCCAAGAAUGGUGGAUUUGGCUCAGUGUUUUUACCAGGUUCUAUUCAUAAAUGCCACCUACAAGACAAACAGGUAUAUCAUGCCCAUGUUGAACGUGGUAAAACAUAAAUAA